AUGGCUCCUCGUUUUUGGACAGCGCUUUGGGCGCUUACUCUUGGCCAUUCUGUCGUCGCCGCACCGCAGAUAUUGGCCCCCCGUGCGACAGGUAGUUUGGAUACCUGGUUGGCGUCUGAAAGCACGGUGGCAAGACAGGGUAUCCUAGAUAACAUCGGAUCGGCGGGUGCUUAUGCUGCGAAUGCAAAGCCGGGAAUCGUACUCGCCAGUCCGAGUACAUCUGACCCUAACUACUAUUAUACUUGGACUCGCGACUCGGCCCUGGUGUUCAAAACUUUGGUCGAUAUGUUCAAGAACGGCGACAGCGCUUUGCUAGAUCUUAUUGAAGAAUAUAUCAAUGCGCAGGCCUAUAUCCAGACCCUAUCGAAUCCUUCUGGGGAUCUUUCUGGGGGCGGUGGAUUGGGCGAGCCCAAGUUCAACGCCGAUGAGACAGCUUUCACCGGCUCUUGGGGUCGCCCCCAGCGUGAUGGACCAGCCUUGCGAGCCACUGCAUUGAUUUCGUUUGGCCAAUGGCUUAUUGAUAAUGGGUACACCACCUACGCGGCCAACAUUGUCUGGCCCGUUGUGCGCAACGAUCUCUCCUAUGUUGCCCAGUACUGGAAUCAGACCGGAUUUGAUCUAUGGGAAGAAGUUUCCGGCUCAUCAUUCUUUACCAUCGCCGCUCAGCACCGCGCCUUGGUAGAGGGAAGUACGUUUGCAAGCCAAGUCGGGUCCUCAUGUUCAUACUGUGACUCUCAGGCCCCGCAAGUCUUGUGCUUCCUACAGUCUUUCUGGACUGGAUCUUACAUUCUGGCCAACUUUGGUGGUGGCCGCUCUGGCAAAGAUGCCAACACCCUGCUUGGCAGCAUUCAAACCUUCGAUCCGGAAGCAGGAUGCGAUGACACCACAUUCCAGCCUUGCUCCGCCCGUGCACUUGCAAACCACAAAGUUGUGACUGAUUCUUUCCGAUCGGUCUACUCUGUUAACUCUGGUAUUGCUGCGGGCAAGGCUGUUGCUGUUGGUCGAUACCCAGAGGACUCGUACUACAGUGGUAACCCUUGGUACCUGUGUACCUUGGCUGCAGCUGAGCAGUUGUAUGAUGCUAUAUACACGUGGAACCGUAUCGGUUCUUUGACAAUCACCUCUGUCUCUUUGAGCUUCUUCAAGGAUUUGUAUGGCUCCGCCACUACUGGCACCUACUCCUCGUCCAGUGAUACGUAUGCCUCGAUCGUGAGCGCUGUCAAGGCAUAUGCGGAUGGAUAUGUUAGCGUUGUGGAAAAAUACGCUCCCUCCAGUGGCUCCUUGUCCGAGCAAUACUCCAAGUCAGAUGGCUCACAGCUCUCAGCUCGUGAUCUGACCUGGUCAUACGCAGCCCUCCUUACCGCCAACGAACGUCGAAAUGCCAUUGUUCCUGCGCCAUGGGGCGAGACAUCUGCCAACAGCGUCCCUGGCCAAUGUCAAUACACUUCGGCUAUUGGUACAUUCAGCAGUGCAACAAACACCGCCUGGCCUAGCACUCUGACUAGUGGAUCAGGCAGUGGAACCACUACUGGAGCAGGAGGGGUUACCACCACCAAGCCUACUACCGCCACGAAGACUACCUCGACGACCACAGCAUGCACCACUCCGACCGCCGUUGCAGUGACAUUCAACGUGAUUGCCACGACUACAUAUGGAGAGAACAUCAAGCUUGCUGGAUCUAUCUCUCAGCUUGGUUCCUGGUCCUCAAGCAGUGCUAUUGCGCUGAGCGCUUCCUCGUACACUACGAGCAACCACCUGUGGUUUGUGACUGUGACACUUCCAGUGGGUACUAGCUUUACCUACAAGUUUAUCCGAGUGGCAAGUGAUGGCACUGUUACAUGGGAGAGUGACCCGAAUCUGUCGUACACCGUUCCCGCCACGUGUGGUACCACAGCUGUCACGGUUAGUAAUACCUGGAGGUGA